AUGGAGAAUAUGAGAGAGCCCGAACAACCAGUGAGGACGGACGGUCUAAGUAUCCAAGUUCUCAUAAUGAGGGAAUUUGAAGAUGACUUAGGCGACUUGGAGAUGACCGAUGACGCUGACAGCGACGAAGAGGCCAUGGGCGAGAAGUGUUGGGAAGGAAGCGAAGAUUUUCAACCCACCCAUUCAAAAGCUACUUGGAAAAAUUCACAUUCCUACCAUUUGCCAUACUUUCCGUCGAAGCACGCUUGA